GCAAUGAGUCUUUCGAUUCUACAAAUAACCAAAUUUGUAAUUUAUUAAGAUAACAAGUAAUGGAUUUGACAAAUUUCAUUCUCUCUUCUAUAGAAUAUUUGUGUUGGGAAUAAAGAAAAAGAAAAACCAAGUCAAAGCAGACGAGCGCUCAUCGAAAGUCAGCAUUCUCCUGCUUUCUUCGUCCCUAACCUCCUUCCCUCUUUCCCCCACUUACACAUCAACUCCAAGUGCAUAAACACAAAUACUCCUAUACAUUGAUGCAUACGAAUCAUCGCUUGUAUGUAAAAUUCUACUUCAUUCGGAGAAACUGAGGUUAAAAUUUCAAGGAUCAGACAAGUUUUUGUGUGUGUUUGUUUUGAUUCACUUCUGGCCUAUCUCUUUGUAAUUUUGCAAUGCACCGUGUGGCCAGUGCAGGCAAUACCUCAAAUUCAUCACGUCCUCGUAAGGAGAAAAGAUUGACUUAUGUUUUAAAUGAUGCUGACAACACAAAGCAUUGUGCAGGUGUGAACUGUUUGUCUGUCUUAAAGCAUUCAGAAGCAGAUAAUCAUAAUUUUCUCUUCACUGGAAGCCGUGAUGGAACAUUGAAAAGAUGGGAAUUAGGGGAAGAGGAUGCCACUUGUUCAUCUACUUUUGAGUCUCAUGUUGAUUGGGUCAAUGAUGCAGUCCUUUUAGGAAAGAAUACCCUUGUCUCCUGCUCUUCAGAUACCACAGUCAAGAUUUGGGAUAGCUUUUCUAAUGGAACUUGUAAAAGAACUCUCCACCAACACACAGAUUAUGUUACUUGUCUUGCUUCCUCAGAAAAAAAUAGCAAUAUUGUUGCAUCUGGUGGAUUGGGUGGUGAGGUGUUCAUUUGGGAUCUUGAAGCUGCAGUUACUCCAGUCAUCAAGAAUACUGAAACGCCAGCUGUCACUGAUUCUUCAAAUGGAAAUUCUACAAGUCUACAUGCUGUAAGCUCAAGCAAUGGCAUUACAUCACUCACAAAUACACCUCAAGGAUAUGUUCCCAUUUCUGCUAAAGGACAUAAAGAGUCUGUUUAUGCAUUAGCAAUGAAUGAUACUGGAACUCUUCUGGUCUCUGGUGGCACUGAGAAGGUUGUACGUGUUUGGGACUCAAGAAGUGGUUCAAAGAUGAUGAAGCUUCGUGGGCAUACAGAUAAUAUUAGGGCUUUGCUUAUCGAUUCUACAGGAAGGUUUUGCUUAUCAGGAUCCUCUGAUUCUAUGAUCAGAUUAUGGGAUCUAGGGCAACAGAGAUGUGUGCAUUCAUAUGCUGUUCAUACAGAUUCUGUAUGGGCACUUGCUACUACUCCAACAUUCAGUCAUGUGUAUAGUGGUGGAAGAGACCUUUCUUUGUACUUGACAGACCUUUCUACAAGAGAUAGCUUAUUGCUAUGCACAAAGGAACAUCCAAUUCAGCAAUUAGCAUUAGAUGAUGAUGGAAUUUGGGUUGCAACAACAGAUUCCUCUGUGGACAGGUGGCCUUCUGAACACUUGAAUCCUGAAAAAUUGUUUCAAAGAGGUGGUUCCUUUCUUGCUGGAAAUUUGUCUUUUUCAAGGGCAAGAGCUUCUUUAGAAGGAUCUACCCCUGUUCCUGUGUAUAAAACUCCCACUUUAACUAUUGAUGGAAUUCCAGGGAUAGUGCAACAUGAAAUAUUGAACAAUAGAAGACAUGUCCUAACCAAGGAUAAUGGUGGUUCUGUGAAGCUUUGGGAGAUCACUAAAGGUGUUGUGAUUGAAGACUAUGGACAUGUUUCAUUUGAAGAGAAAAAGGAAGAACUAUUUGAGAUGGUCAGCAUUCCUCCAUGGUUCACUGCAGAUACUAGGCUCGGAAGCUUGUCUAUUCAUUUAGAUACCCCCCAGUGUUUUUCUGCUGAAAUGUACGCUGCUGACCUCAGCAUCACUCAGAAAGCUGAAGAUGACAAGAUUAAUUUAGGUCGAGAAACUCUGAAAGGACUAUUGGCUCCUUAUUUUUCCAAGAAAAAAGUUAGAUUCGUGUCUCAACCUUCAGUCAAUGGAGAAGCUCCAAGCAAAGAUAUAUCUUCCAAAAACAUUCCACUUUCAAGACCCGAAGCAGAUGCUAAUGUUCAAAGUGAUUCCAGAGUUUACCCUCCAUUUCAAUUCUCAAUUGCUUCUCCUCCUUCUAUUAUUACUGAGAGUUCUCAAAUUGGAAUAUGGAGGAAGAAAAUUACUCUUCUUGAUGGAAUUGAAGAUGAUGAUUUCCCUCGUUGGGUUUUAGAUGCUGUUUUGCUUAAUCGAAUGCCCCCAAGAGAACAUACCAAAUGUAGUUUUUAUUUACAUCCAUUUGAAGGUUCAGCUGCUCAGAUCUUGACACAAGGGAAGCUGAGUGCACCUCGGAUUUUAAGAAUGCAUAAGGUUGUUAAUUAUGUUGUGGAGAAGAUGGUUCUAGACAAAUCAUCAGAUACUUUGAUUAGUGAUGGAGCUUUUGCUCCUGGAUUGAAGCCAUGGAAGCUUAAGCCUUCUAUAGAGAUCUUGUGCAAUAAUCAGGUGUUAGCACCUGAAAUGAGCUUAGCCACUGAAAAUGAAUCCAUAGGUGGUUGUUACACAAAAUUGAAUUUGGGAUUUUGUAUUUUGACUUUUUGACAACGAGAGCUGUUGACUUCAGAGAAAAGAAGAGUGAAUAAUAGAAGAAACCAACUCUCUUGUAAAAAUCCUUAGAGCUUUUGCUGGUUGCCGAGUUAAUUUCAUAAGGCUUUGUAUAAUUUUAUUGUUUGGUGGGAUGGGGGUUAAUUUUAUGAAAAGCAACGAUGUUUAGUUGUUUUUCGGUUGUAUUUUCCCCAUUUUUUGUAUUUUUAUUAUUAAUUCACUUUGUUAUUAUUUUUGUCUUUUAUUUGUACGUUAUGUGGUCAUUGUUUGUUGUAUUUAUGGAUUUAUUGAUGAUAUUGAUUUUG